AACACACACACACACACACACACACAUACACACACACACACACACAGAGUUGGGUUAAUGUUACAUAACGGUGUGUGUAAGAAGACGUAUGAACCCAGGAGCUCGGUUCACGCCUCAGUGAGCGGACAUCUUUAAAAUAAUAAACAAUAAUAACAAUAAACCGAUUUAUGUGUGUGUGUAACUCCGCCUAAAACUCAGCUAUCACUACGCACCUGGCCAGUUGUAAAAGAAACCUCAGAGUCUUCAGCUUCAUCCAGGUCUAACCAGCCAAGCAGUGGACACACACACACACACACUCACACUUGAAGCAUGGCGGAACCGGAGCUGAACGAGUCGUCCCUGCGCUCUCCGCGCUCGGCGUCUCACUCCAUCUCGUUCCCCUUCAUGAGGGAAGGCAGCCACGUGUGGGAGAAAGCAGGGGAGCUGCCCAGCCCUCUUCCCACCAAGCGCACACGCACUUACUCUGCCACGGUGCGGGCGAACUCGGGUCCCGUGUUUAAGGGCGUGUGUAAGAACUUCUCGAGGUCUCAGGGUCACGGAUACAUCAAACCCGCUAACGGUGGAGAAGACAUCUUCGUCCACAUCUCCGACAUCGAGGGCGAGUACGUUCCUGUGGAGGGCGACGAGGUGACGUAUAAAGUGUGUCCCAUCCCACCCAAGAACCAGAAGGUGCAGGCAGUGGAGGUGAUCAUCACACAUCUGAACCCUGGAACGAAGCACGAGACCUGGUCCGGCAAGAUCAUCAGCUCGUAGGCUCCACCUCGGCCUGCUGUUGUCUGGCCCGGCCUGGGGCGGAAUCGGGGGUUUCUUUCUUUUCCUUUUUUCUUUUUUUACAUUUUUUUUUCGGAGUAGGAACACCGCAGGUGAACGAAGGAUGGAGGUGAUGAAGGAGAAAGAAAGUAGUUGAGCUUCAGUAACGAGUGUCAGAGAACAGGAAGCGACGGGGAAAGUCAGGCUCAGAGAGCGAGAGAGAUUACGGAAAUAAAAAGGCGUGUCAUGUGAUGUCAUUAUUUAAAAGUGUUACUGGGGAACAACAGGAAGCAGAAAGAACGCGAGAGAGCAGAACAGACGGCUUUUCAGAGAUUACGGAAAUAGAAAAGUAACUCGAUUUCUUCCUGACAUAAAAAAAAAAAAUAAAAUUCUUGAAGAGAAGGGAACCAUGUUCAAACUAAAAAAACUUACCGGACUGUGAAAGACAAAGUAAUGACUCUGGACUUCCUGAAAGUCUUCUGAUUGAACCCCUUCUCAUAAGCGUUGGCCUUUAUUUCUUUAAUGUUUCUUCAUUUAUUUAUUUCUUAGCUGGAUAUAUAUAUGUAUUUUUUUUUUUUUUUGUCCGUAGGGGAGGAGCUUCCAUUCUGAAUUCAGUUGCAGGUUACGCUGGAAUUUGAGACUCAUAUUGCACUCAAAAACUUGAAACCCCAAAAAUAACAUACUGCCAAACAGUGUACAACUCCCAGAAUUCCACCGGGAGCGAUUCAGGGUGAACCUUCAGGAUUUUCUAGUCCUAUUUUGACAAAAAAAACAACAAAAAAAACCAGUCAGUCGGUCUCGCAUCACACUUCAACAGAAAGUCCUGAAACGUCUGGUACUGUCGUUCUGACUGUAGUGAAUUCAUCAUGUGGUAGAACCUCGAUGGUGAAAGUAGCUCACGUUAGAAACUCUAUAAUUAAGUCUACUGCUGCGUGUAGUCAGUUUCUCCAACACAAUUUCUAUGCAUCUUUUCUAUGCUUCAUUGUUUUGUAUUUAUUUGAUUCGAUCAUGUUUUUGUACUUAACUGACGACUUGGUUAGUUAAGAUUAAAAAUAAAAAAAAAAGUUGUUAAUUUUAGAGCACUUUUUUUUUCCCCUCCGGUCAGAUCACUGUGGCUGGUGUAGGCGUCAUUUACGUGUGAAACGAGAGUUAAUAAAAAUAAAACAUUUGAUUAGUCACC